GUUUAGAUAUGGUUGUGUAUUCUGGACCCCACAGAAGUGUGAAUAAUAUGGAAAGCGGCGAAGUUGAUCAUGGAAUGCCCCAAGAUGAUGUUGAAGAGUGCAAUAGGCUUUCCUCGAAACCAACAUCUGUCAAUAACACUCCACCAACGCCUGCUCCAGUUAUAAUCCCACCGGAUUUUGAUGAAAAUGCAAAAGAGAAGGUGUACAGAUGGGUAAUAGAUGACAGAAAUCCGUUGGAUGAAGUUAUCGUGUGGUACCGGACACAUUAUACGUUGGACCUAACACGAAGAGAUCUGAACACAUUAAAAAGGAGGGAAUGGGUCGACGGUCGGGUAAAAAAUCUAACAAAUAAUAACUAUAUAUAUAGAAUUUUAACCUACUUUUAUCAUCUCUUUUCAUUUUGUCCUUUAUGCUUUUAUGCAUGUGCAGGUGAUAGAGUGCAUGUGUGCACUCUUUAAUGGGCUCCCAGCCAAGAGGUUUCAAGAAGAUUUCUACUGCAUUAAUCCAAUGAUAUUGGGUCGUGUUAUGACACCUAUGAAUGUUGAAAAAUUUGAGGACAAACACAACUCAGAGUAUGUGGGGUUAGCAGAAUGUUGGGGGAACGAGAUCCGUCUGUUCAACAAGGUAGAAGCAGCCAAGAGACAUACGUUCUUUGUACCCAUCUGCCUGGAUAAUCACUGGUGGUUGUAUGCUUUUCAUCCAAAAAGUGCGACAUUCUUUGCUCUUGACUCCCUAGUUAGACCCCCUCUUACCGAUCAUAGGGUGAAAGUGGAUGAAUAUGCGGCCAAGCUUAUUGACGAGUUGGCCCAACUCACUUUUUCAUGGUACAAAGUCCAGGACGAGGGCAUAGGAAAGCCCCUUUAUGUGGAUGUUCCGAUUCAACCAAACAAGUAUGGUUCAAUGUGAUGUCUUAUUUUAUUGGGUAUCAACACCAAAUUAACUUGAUGCAUAUUUGCUUUUAUCUUGAUUGAUAGUUAUGACUGCGGAGUUUUUGUCAUUAAAUUCAUGGACUCGUGGGAUCCAGAAACUCUUGACAUGGAUGAUUAUGUUGUGCCAGUUUGGACAACGGUAGGCCAUAGAUCCAUUUAGAACAAUGUUUCUAAUAUUUUUUAUGAUAUUAUCGUUUGGUGACAUUGAACAUUAAUGCAUGCAGGAAGACAUGGCUAUAAUGAGGAGGAAGUACCUACUAGACAUCGUGCUUGAUCCGUGGAAUGGUUAUCUGAAUACUGUGGAGGCUGUUGCCCAUGCCCCUUUACGCCGUGCACCUCAAAGGAAUAAAAGAAAAGAGUUGAGAGAUCCUUGGACUGCGCCAAACACUGCUGAGCUAACAAGAAGAGCAGAAGAGGCAGCAUGCAAGAGGGCCAAUAGGAGAAACAGAAAAAUAUAGCACUGUGCAGAUAAAAUUAGCUAUUAAGAUGGACAUAUUUUUCUCAUUAAUCUAGGAUACCAUCUCUUUAUUUUUCGUGUUGUUAGGAGACUCACUUAGCCUUAGUUAUUUUCAUGUGUUUAUCUUUUGUGUUAAUUGUUCAUGCGUUGUGGA